AUGUCGUUCCAAAACAAGAACUUGUACGCUCUUUUGGGUAACGAUGUUGAAGGCGAUGAACCAGCAGCCUUGAGCCCUGUCAAGGAAUUGGUUAAGAAGAACACUUCUUCUAAGAAGGCUGAUGUUCCUCCACCAUCUGCUGACCCUGCUAAGGCCAACAAGAACAGAAAGCAAGCUACUGGUAACGAUGCUGCUUUCAAGAACAAGGUUAACAAUAAGUCUGUUUCUGCUCCUGCUUCCACUCCAAACAAGCACUCCAAGAAGCCAUUUGACAAGCACUCUAGAACCGGUAAGACUGAUUCCAAGAAGAAGGUCAAGCAAGGAUGGGGUGAUGACAACAAGGAAUUGAAGUACGAGACUGAAGCUGCUGCUGAUGCCGUCGAAGAAUUGGAAGAACAAUCCGAAACUGCUGUUGCUGAUGUUGCUCCUAAGAAGUCUUUACAAGACUACUUUUCCGAAUUGCAAGCCAAGCAAGCUGAAUUGACCACCGUCAAGGCUGUUAGAAAGGCCAAUGAAGGUGCUGAAGACAAGUGGGGUGCUUCUGAAAAGAUUGAAAAGUCUCAAGAUGAAUUCUUUUCUUCUUCUGUUUCUAAGAAGGUUAGACAAAAGAACCAAAAGGAAAAGAAGUUUUUGGAAAUCAAUGCUACUUUUGCUGAUCAAGCUCCUGCUGCUAGAGAUUUCAAGAAGGGUCCUAAGAAGUUCAACGGUAAGAAGAGUGCUUCUCCAAAGGCUGCUGAACUUAACGAAGCCAACUUCCCUUCUUUGGCUCAUUAA